GCAAACAAUACAAAUUAUUGGUUCAUUUUAAGAGUGUCUGCACGCAGUAAAUAGCCAGUUUAAUUAUUAUUACAAAUACUAAUUGCAUCUAUCAUUGGUAUUUCAGAUUAGGACGGACUAAGUAUAUAUCUUUUACAGAGAUUGUCUUUCAAGUAGGGAGCAGAUCUUGAUCCGAGGCGACACAAUGCACGACAGUGAAAUGGACGAAACAGAAGAGGAAGGCCAAAAGUAUACUGAAGAAUUUAUUCGACAUACAAUCGAACGAGAAACGCAAAGUAUUGAGGCUCUUAAAAGGGACACAACACAGCUUUCAGAGAGGAUACGAAGUCAGGAAGAAGAAAUACGAACAGCUAGAGAACAGGAAACGAAGCUGAAAGAAAAAAUAGAGAAACUGGAGAAGGAAUGUACCGAACUAAAGAACAGUUCAGAUGAUGCUCUAGCAACAAAGGAGAGAGAAUUAAAAGAAACAAAACAAGAGUUAAAAGAAAAGAUGACAUACAAGGAAAGAGUUUUAAUGGAAUACAAAGAACAAUACAGAAUAAAAGAUGAGGCUUUAAGGACAUCCGGAGAAGAGUCAAGUCAGUUGAACACAGAGCUGAUGGAAGAAUUAAGACUACAAGUGCAGAGAUAUCAAAGGUUAACUAAAACAGUUUCGGAAAAGGGAGAUGAAAUAGACAGAAGUGUUGGGAUAAGAGUGAGGUUGUUCGCGCAAACUGGUUUAAACCCCAAGUUAAAAAUGAGACUUUCAGAAAAGGAAGAGGAACUUAAAAGAAAAAAAACAAUGGACACAAACUGUUUUCUCUAUUCCUGGCUGUUUUUGGACUGUCAUGUCUCACUUCAGACGCCUGCAGGAACAUACAUAAGUGUCUACCCACCGGGCAUAAAGGGAUUUAAUCCAACUCAACUUAACGUGGUACAAUCUCUACAGGAGGAUUGUAAGCGCCUAGGACAUCCAGAUCAUAUUAUUCCUUUGUUCGGUCUUAAUGUUGACGAUAUAGAUGAUUGGUACAAAUUAAUUGAUGUAGACCAUGAACGAUGGACAGCGGAUAACAGUAUGCUCGAAACCGCACUAACCACAGGAUCGGACGAUUUAGGGAAGUACUUAGAAGAAUACAAACACACGAAUACAAAAAGUGCAGAUAACAUAUAUUCAGCUGCCUGGUAUUAUUCACUGGGAAAAUAAACAAAAACGGUACCGAACAUAAUUAUUAUAUGUUGCAUGAACCAUAUUACUUAACGGCAAAAGUAUUUAAAUGUAUUAUAGUAUACUGUCUACGAUAUGUAAACACCAAUAUAACACGCAUUAUAUCAGAAAAUUGAAAUAAUGUGAUGAUGUCGGAUGAUAUAAAGGAAACGUUGAUUUGGGUAACAAGUGCACGUAAUUGUUUAUACUGACCUGCUAUUGGGAGACCUCAUUCGUGUGGAAGAUCUUAAUCGUAUUUUCCUAAUAAGUUGUUCAUCACAGCUGAUUUACGUCUACGUUUACGUCUACGUAUCAAAGUUCUAAUACAAAGGCGGAAACCUUAUGCUUGGCGUCAUCUUUAUACGUUUGAUGUUAUUUUAUUGCAUUUAAUAACUUUAUUGUUUUGAUCGCUGUUUUGUACUUACUCAAGUGAUAAUGCAUAUUUUUAAAAUAUAAAAUGGGCAUUUACAAAUACGGUUGACACUCAAUCUUAUAAAACAUCAUCCGGUAUCAGUUUGCAAAUCCAAUUUUUUUGCAAACGUAUUGUUAAUUUUAUUUGCAACAUCAACUUCAAUUGGAAGGAAAAAUAUGCUUUUAGUUAAAACAGUUUUCAGAAAUAAAAACAGAUAAGAACAUACAUCUGACGCAGUUGUUGAUAAAACUGCGCUGGAUUGUACACAAGUGAAAAUGCAGAUGGAAUUAAUUAUCAAUAAAGUGUGGACAUUUUUACACCCGUACUUAAAUUCAGCAGCUCUGGCAAUUUUCAACUGCUGUUAUCUGAGACUUCUAUGAUCCCAACGUACUGGGUUUUUUUUAAAUUUUACUAGAAAUAUCAAAUUUUUAGUUGCAAUUUUGGGUGCCACUUUUAAAAUUUAUGUCUCAAAUAAUAAAAUAAGAGUUUUCUAAUAAUCCGGAUUUUCAAACUAACACCGACUGUUGUUAUAAUCAAGUUGAUGGCCGUCUUAAUAAUAUUUGAUAAAAUAUAACUAAAUUAAAGUAUAUCGUUAAUGAUUAUGUAUGAACAUUAAACUAAAUGCAUUGAUUCUUUUUUUUUAAUUGUUUUAACAUAAUCAAUUCGAAAUUCCCAAAGUGCAAAUUGAAAAAAGAUGAAAUAACAGUGUUCAUGGCAAGCUGUUUUUAUUCCACUAAAACGUUUCUUUUGAAAGGAGAUGCAGAUAACAACUGUAUGACAGAACCCAGCUUGCAAUGGCUAUUUAUACGUUUAUUAAAUUCCUAUUUAACAGUUAUAGUUUAUAAUCGACGCAUUUCUGCUUGGAACUCGUAGGUGAUAUUUAUCGAGAUUUGUGCGUCUGUUCAUUUGUGUAUUGAAAUUGAUGGAAUAUAACCUAUUGUGACAUAGUAUACUGAAACACAAUGAAAAUGUUUAGUUUGUGUUGGAAAUACAUAUAUGUAUAUUAACAAUAUUAAAAUGUGUUGAUUUAAAACGACAACAUUUAGUUCAGGAUGUGUUCAUUUCUGGACCAAAUAUAUUGUCACUCUUUUGUAAUUGAAAGAUAAGGAUGCAAAAUAUUCCUUGCAUUGAUAUUCUUUGUAAAUUAUAUAUAUGUUAAUACUUUAGCGGAAUUCCCUUUUUACUAUGUUUUGAUUUAUUUUUUUGAAUUGCGAAGUUAAAAUUACAACAAUAAAUUAUAAUAUAUUCAAAAGUAUUUUUAAAAGUAUAUAAAAGGAGGCUUAAAGACACUUUGUCGAAAAAAAUACGGACAUUAAAUAGCCUAAAUAUUUGUUAACUUUAAAACAUAUAAACAUUGUACAACGGUAGUAUUUGAAAGUGACUCAGACGGACACGCUUGCUGCACUUUACAAAUGAGAAAAAAAGAAUAUGGAUUAUAUAUACAAUAUAUAUUUUGAAUUAAAUAAUAACUCGUUAUUCUACUGUAUGCAAAACUUGUGUAAUCGAU